AUACGUACGCAAAUGGCGUUAACGGAUACGUUUAGGUGAACGCGGGGGGACGUAGCACCGAGUACGUUUCUGCGUGAACUCGCUGCCGUUCGCGCACGAAACGACCCCGUGGUCGCUCGGUCGAACGUGCCGUAGACGCACGGGCUCGUCCGCGAGCGGAGCUGCGUGGGCGGCGUGUUAGCCGCGUUCUCAACUCGACCGGAGCUGCGUCGCGCGAAAGUGUGGAUGGUGGAGUUUGAAACGUUCCGGCGGUGCAGCAGCGGCCCUCAACAUGGUAAAACUGGAGCUGGAUCAGGUGGGACUGAGGAGGAUGAAGGAGGACGACAUCGAGAUGGUCAAAGCCCUCAUCAAGGAGGGCUGCGAGGGCGCAGAAAACCGCAUCAUUCUCCACAUCCUCACUCGUCCGCGCUGCCUUUUCUUCCUGGCGGUGUUCUCCUCCAUCCUGCGAUGCCUCGUCCACUCCUUUAUUCUGGCUCUUGCUAUCCCUGUCUUCCUGCUAACGGUCUUUCUCAAGAUCACCAUGCCGCGCUCCACAGGCGUCCUGGGCAGCAGCCUCCCCUACUGGGACUAUAUCGGCAGCAGCUACCGGGGGACACAGGAUGAAACUUUACAAAACCCCUAUUGCAGGAUCAGUGGCAAGGUGCAAGUGAAAAAGAAGCCGAGGUGCAGAGUUGGAUCCAAGGACGAGGACGUGUCGGCAGAAAAGGUGACCCCCGACAGGGAGCGGGCCGCGGGGCAGGUGUGGGUGGCGGACUGCGAGGGGGAGAUCGUGGGCUGUGUCUUCAGGGAGAGCGAGAAGCGAGCGGGCGUCAGGCGGAUCUGCAGGCUGGUGACGGGCUCCUGGUACCGCCGGGAGGGUCUGGGCCGGCUGCUGGUCCAGAGUCUGGAGCAGAAGGAGAGGGAGAGCGGCGCCCGCCGAGUGUACGCACACGUCCCCUACCCCUCCAAGGUGGGGGAGGCCUUCUUCAGGAAGCUGGGUUAUCAGCAGCUGGGGGAAAGGACCGAUGAGGAGGACGACGAGGAGGAGAUGAACCUGGAGACUCCAGAGAGAGGCUUUCUGGGAUACCCACUCACUAAGGUCUUUUACAAAGAUGUGUAAGGGAGUGAUGGUGGACUCACGGAAUAGACUAAAUGAGCCCAGGGGGAAUGAAUGAAGGUAAACUUACAAAUAUAAGUGCACUCUGGAUCUCUGAAGGAGGUGGUUUCAUGGUUUACAUGUACAUAACGUGUGGAUAUUUAUUUGCUGAGUUAUUUACUAAUAAGUUAAUAAAUUUAUUGCAUAUUUGUGUUACACUGUAUAUCAGUAUUUAUUUACUGUACCCGUUGCUGUUUGCUGCUUUAAGAACCUCUAACCAUUUCCACAGUACUAAAUAAAUUUGGAAAAACAAACACUCAA